UUCCUGCACUCACACCAACACGGAGGCUGGGGUGGGCGAGCUCGUUUAUAAUGAGACAAUAGUGCUUGGGAACAGGCGGCUGCAGAGCAACAGACAGCAAACCAGCGGAAAUCCGACCGUCUCGCUUUCACGCGGAGCACGAACACGAGAGGCGGCCGACGGACAGCUGCGAGCCGGGGGGAGCUGCGGCACAGCCCAGGAGCGCACAGCCUCGGAGUAGAUGGGAACUGCUCAAAACAACAGCCACCUCAAAAACCCUCAUGCGGUUGAGUUUGACCUGAGUAACAAGGAUGUGAUGGCGGACACACUUGAUCAUAGUGUCGUUUCUGUUGGAGAAGAGGAAGGAGAAAGUGGUUUCCAACGAUCUCUUCCAACACGAGAUUCCCUCCGAUCCCCUCGAGGCUCUGUUGUGAGUUUCCAUAACAUCCAGUACUCCGUUAAGCAGUCCAGUGGAUUCCUAUGUAAACGGAAGACUGUGGAAAAGAAGAUCCUUCAUAAUGUUAAUGGCAUUAUGAAGCCAGGCUUGAAUGCUAUCCUGGGGCCAACAGGGAGUGGCAAAUCUUCUCUGCUAGAUGUGCUGGCUGCCAGAAAGGACCCAGCAGGCCUGUCUGGAGAAGUGCUCAUAGAUGGCAACCCGCAACCUCCAAACUUCAAGUGCAUCUCAGGAUAUGUUGUGCAGGAUGAUGUUGUCAUGGGCACAAUGACAGUGAGGGAGAACUUGCACUUCUCUGCUGCCCUGCGGCUUCCCAGCUCCAUCAGCUUUCAAGAGAAGGAAGAACGAGUCACACAGAUAAUUGGCGAGCUGGGAUUAAGCAAAGUGGCUGAUGCUAAGGUAGGAACUGAGUUGAUCCGUGGAGUGUCUGGAGGGGAACGGAAGAGAACCAACAUUGGGAUGGAGCUCAUCACAGAGCCACCAGUGCUUUUUCUGGAUGAGCCAACUACAGGCCUUGAUGCCAGCACAGCCAAUGCUGUCCUCAUCCUCUUGAAGAAGCUCUCUAGAAGAGGCCGAACCAUCAUUUUUUCCAUCCAUCAGCCUCGCUAUUCCAUAUUCAAGCUGUUUGACAGUCUGACAUUAUUAGCUUUGGGUAAAGUGCUUUACCAUGGUCCUGCAAAACAGGCCCUGGAGUAUUUUAGCUCUAUUGGAUAUGAAUGUGAACCAUUUAACAACCCAGCUGACUUCUUCCUUGACAUCAUAAAUGGUGAUUCAACUGCUGUGGCAGCAAGCAAGGAAGAUCACAAGGAAGAUGCAGGAAAAGCGAGCAAUGAAAAUGGAGGGGUAGAAGAGAAUGUGUCCGUCAGUGUGGUAGACACGUUACACCAGAAGUAUCUCAACUCCAGCCUAUAUGAGAGUACAAAGGAAGCACUGGGGAAAGUGGAACUUGAACAGGGAAAGAAGAGAAAAAUAUCCAAGAAGGGGCAUGAGAUUACCUAUGCAAAUGGAUUCUUCACACAGCUGUAUUGGGUGUCCAAGCGUUCCCUGAAAAACCUCAUCAGGAACCCACAAGCCUCGAUUGCACAGAUUGCAGUGACUAUAAUUCUAUCCUUGGUUGUGGGGGCCAUUUUUUUUGGAGUAAAAUUGGAUGAUAGUGGCAUUCAGAAUCGGGUUGGAUCCUUGUUUUUUGUCACCACAAACCAGUGCUUUUCCAGUGUCUCUGCAAUUGAGCUGUUCAUCAGAGAUAAAAAACUAUUUGUCCAUCAGUACACCAGCGGAUAUUAUCGUGUGUCUGCCUACUUCCUGGCCUUGAUGUUAGGAGAUCUGCUGCCUAUGAGAACUGCUCCAGCUAUCAUAUUCUCAUGCAUCACUUACUGGAUGAUUGGAUUUCAAGCUGUAGCAGGCCGAUUCUUCUUCUUCAUGCUGACCCUGGUAAUGGUGUCCUACACUGCUACAGCCAUGUCUCUGGCUAUCAGUGCUGGGAUGGAAGUGGUGGCUGUGGCCAAUCUGCUCAUCACUAUUUGUUUUGUCCUGAUGCUUAUCUUUUCUGGCCUCCUUGUAAACCUCCCUUCUGUAAUGGGCUGGCUUAAUUGGCUCAAGUACUUCAGCAUCCCUCGAUAUGGCCUUACUGCUCUUCAAGUGAAUGAGUUUAGAGAUCUCUACUUCUGUGGUGACAAACCAAACGUUACAGUGUCUGUGGGAAAUGCAACCGCUUGUCCACCAGCUGUUCCAGGAGCAAGGUGCUCUGGUGAAGAUUACUUGAUCAGCCAAGGAAUCCAACCUACCAACAUGGCAAUGUGGGAAAACAUAGUGGCUCUUUUAUGCAUGACUGUCAUCUUCCUCCUCAUUGCCUAUCUCAAACUCCGGUUUAUGAAAAAGUUCACAUAAAUUCCUGCGUUGCCUUGCUUUACAGCUUCUCAGGUCUUAAAACUACAAAGCUUGUUAGAGCCUACAGGAUAUUGCCAAAGAUUUCAACUGACUUUACUGGACUUAAGAUGGGAAUUUUGCCCCAUUGUUUCUGGAGCAUGAUUUCCAUAUGAUUGUAUGAUUUUGUUUGUUAAGAAGAAAUGUAUUACUCUAAGAUUCCAUAGGUGAUUUUUAUUUUAUUUUUUUUUGUCCCUGGUAAGCCUAUUCUCACCACUCCUUAGGUACUUAUCAAAUUCUAUAUUGUAGAGCUGCUGCGGCCAAUUUGUAAAGGAAACAGGCAGAAAGAAAUAUUUUCCUUUGAAGACAUUUAUGCAUUGAUACGUUGCCCCUUGUGAGUGCCCAUCACACCCGAGGGGAGCCAGAGAC